AUGUCGUAUGCGCCUCCCAGAAAGUGCAUCUUGUCCAAAGAACAACUAGAUGCCUUUCAAAACUCAAAUACAUACCAAGAAAUCAUAUCAUACAUCGAAACACUCAACGACGCAGUAGUUGACGUGAAACUUACGGAUGAGUGUGGCGAAUCCGAGGGCAUCACGGCUGUACUUGGUGUGCUUGAUGAAGUCGAGAAGCUGGCACGCGACACGCCUCCGAUAGAUAACAGUGGCUCGCGCUUCGGGAACCCUGCUUUCAGGACAUUCUACGACAAGCUGGCUGAGGUCUCGCCUUCAUUGCACGAAAAAAUUCCAGGACUACCUUCUGAUGCAGCUCCGGAGGUGUCCGUGUACUUCAAUGAGGCAUGGGGAAAUCGAACACGCAUUGACUACGGAAGCGGAAUGGAGCUGAACUUUUUAUGUUGGCUAAUAUGCUUGGAACGACUGAAUGUCUUCAGCGAGACAGAUCAUAGGGCCAUCGUUAUUCGGGUGUUCUGGAGGUAUAUUGGUGUCAUGCGUGUGCUGCAGAGUUCGUACUGGUUGGAGCCUGCCGGGUCUCAUGGUGUUUGGGGCUUGGAUGAUUACCAUUUCCUUCCGUUUCUGUUCGGCUCGGCGCAAUUAAAGGGACACAAAUACCUUCGACCAAAAUCCAUACACGAUAAUGAAGUUGUGGAUGAAUACGCGAAAGAUUACAUGUACCUUGCAUGUAUCAAGUUUAUCAACUCCAUAAAAACGGCGUCAUUACGAUGGCAUUCUCCGAUGCUUGACGAUAUAUCUGGGGUGAAAACAUGGGAGAAAGUAAACUCCGGGAUGCUCAAGAUGUACCGUGCGGAGGUGCUCGGAAAGCUGCCAGUAAUGCAGCACUUUCUUUUCGGAUCAAUCCUCCCAUACGACGGACCUUCUGUGCCCGGUGACCGAGGAGACGUGGACGACGCACACUAUGGACACGCACAUGUGCACGUAGAUGGGGGUGCCGAGACGGGGGCGGCAGGCCAGCGCGAGACGGGGUGGGGUGACUGCUGCGGGAUCCCGGUGCCUUCUGCGUUUGCGGCAGCUGCCGCUGAGAAGCGCGAGGGCCCGCGGCUGCAAGGACCUCAGGUGCGGCCCGUGCCGUUCGACUGAGGAGGAGUGGACGAUCGGCUGUCAGAAAGGCUAUAUUCUAACUCAAUCAAAAUCUAAUUGUACAUGUACAAACAUAUCCGAGCUCAUGAGCGUAUGUAGU